AUGUCUGCCUCAGGCAUGAAUUCAGGGUCUUGCUGCGCCAUCCAACUUCGCCCACCAUCUUUGACUGAGACAUUCGUAUACCUUCAUCCUAAAUACGUGUCGAAUCUGCAGAUCAAAACUCUGUACUUGUGCUUCAUCACAAAAAACUGUAAACACAACCGCUCAAACCUCCAGCACUCAUGUCCGACUCCGGUCUGUGGGCCCCAGUACACUCCACCAAGGCUCAUCCACAGCACGCGGACAUGGAUCUUACAUUCUGUACACACGAGUGCCUCGCAAAUUUUCCUUCAAGGAGAUCGUCUUGGGCAUGAUCUUUGCCCUAACAAGGCCGUGCAUGACCACCAGCAAUCUGAAAGCGACCCGCUCAUUCAACUUCCAUCUGAUCCACUCGCCCACUUCCUCUCUGAACAACUACAAGCAAGCAAGCCUAUUGAAGAUAAUUUACUCGCUCUUGGAAAAAGCGGUCGAACCAGCGAAUUGUACGCCGUACGGAUCAUGAAGACUGGACACAGUCUCGUUGCAAAAAGCUUCCACCAAAAUGAUCACSAAUGGCUACAAAAUGAAGUCGCGGUAUACAAGCAGCUUCAAAGUCUUCAGGGCCAGGUUAUACCAGUCUACUGUGGUUCUCUACGCCUUUCCCAACCAGUCAUAUCAACUCAAGGCAAAGAAUUCCACCAUCUACUACUCCUUUCCUGGUCCGGGAACUCUCUAAACCGUAGAAGACAAACCGAACCCCAAGAACUUGCUCUAAAAUUAAAACCACAAUUGAUGUCCGCUAUGAGAGAUAUCCACAAAUCUCAAGUCGUCCACGGCGAUCCUGAACGUCGAAAUAUUCUCUACGAUCAGAUUUCUGGACGAGUCAUGUUGGUGGACUUUGAGAGGAGUAGAAUGUACAGUAAUCGACCACCUUGCGAUUCCACGAAACCCUGUCAGAAGAGUCGGAAGGAUGGGAGGGGGAGAAGGAAACUUUGUACUUAUUGUCGAGAUAUUUGGGUUGCUGAAGAUGCUCUUUUGGUUGGAUCGCCAAAUUCGUCGCCGGAAUUGGAAUAUAAGGAGGAUACUGCGAAUCAAAAUCAUGAUCAGGCUAGGGGGAGAACAGUUUUGAAGAGACCGCGAGAUUCUGUCGGUUCUGAUGGAGUUGUUGGCGAUAUAUCGGAACGCAACGAUGCUAGAGAUGAUGAAGCUCCGCGAAGGUAUUGCAUGAGACUUCGUGGCCGUCAUUCGAGAGAUUGA